AUGGCGGCCAAAUUGGCUGAGGCCAAUCUUUUUGUUGAUGAUUUAAAUAAAUUGAGGAUUUUGGAUCCCUCUCACACUCAGUCCACAAUAGACUUUAAAAAUGAAUGUGAAGGCUUCUUAACAAAAACGGAGGAAUUUCAGAGUCUUUCAAAGAACGUUCUGGAGCUGUUCGAGUCUCUCGCAGCCAAGGUGGAACGUAUGAAGAUGCGGGCGAUUGGAUCUCGGAAUCGGCUAAAACUAAUUUCUAAUCAAAAAUUGGAACAACGGGAGCUUCUGGAAUCUCGAGUGUUGGAGGCUCGCAUUGAAUGCGAACGGUGA